AUGGAGCAGGAGGAGGAGGAGGAGUACAGCUCCGAGUACGGCUCCCCCAAGUUCCUGCUGCUGUGCGGCCUGGGCGGCAUGCUGAGCUGCGGGCUGACGCACACCUUGAUCCUGCCGCUGGACGUGGUCAAGUGCCGCAUGCAGGUGGACCCGGCCAAGUACCGGAGCAUCCUCAGCGGCUUCGGCGUCACGCUGCACGAGGACGGGGUGCGCGGCCUGGCCCGCGGCUGGGCGCCCACCUUCGUGGGCUACUCCUUGCAGGGCUUCUUCAAGUUCGGCCUCUACGAGGUCUUCAAGAUCCGCUACGCCGAGCUGCUGGGCCCCGAGAGGGCCUUCGAGUGGCGGACCAGCCUGUACCUGGCGGCGUCGGCCAGCGCCGAGUUCUUCGCCGACCUGGCGCUGGCGCCCAUGGAGGCGCUGAAGGUGCGCAUCCAGACGCAGCCGGGCUACGCGCACACGCUGCGGGGCGCGCUGCCGCGCAUGCUGGAGGAGGAGGGCCCGCGGGCCUUCUACAAGGGCGUGCCGCCGCUCUGGCUGCGCCAGAUCCCCUACACCAUGAUGAAGUUCGCCUGCUUCGAGCGCACCGUCGAGGCGCUCUACCAGUACGUGGUGCCCAAGCCGCAGAGCGAGUGCACCAAGGGCGAGCAGCUGGCCGUCACCUUCGUGGCCGGCUACAUCGCCGGCGUCUUCUGCGGCGUGGUGUCGCACCCCGCCGACUCGGUGGUGUCGGUGCUCAACAAGGAGAAGGGCAGCACGGCGCUGGGCGUGCUGCGGCGCCUGGGCCCGGGCGGCCUGUGGAAGGGCCUCUUCGCGCGCAUCCUCAUGAUCGGCACCCUCACGGGGCUGCAGUGGCUCAUCUACGACUUCGUCAAGGUGGCCCUCAAGAUGCCGCGGCCCCCCGCGCUCCGGGAGCCCGAGCCCGAGCCCGGGCGCCGGCGGCAGUGA